GCAAAUACAAGAAAGAAAAAACUCGCACUUAGGAUUACAAAUCGGCUAAUAAUUAAAAACCCCAUUAAAAAUACGGAAUAUAUGACAGACACACUUAACGCGACACAUAUUUUGGGCAUUAUAUUCUGUUAACCAUAUAAGCUUACAAAUCGUACUGGACAAUGGGCAGUGAAACAAGCAAAUCUGCCAUCGUCAACAAUGAAGACACAGAGGCGACCAUUUCGUUUAAAAUAAAUGGAAUCCCAUAUUCCGUUAACCUUGUGCAGUUUCCGGCGGAUAUAACUCUCAAUACGUUCAUCCGGGAUCAGGCACAAUUGACUGCAACCAAGUUUAUGUGUUUGGAAGGCGGCUGUGGCGCUUGCGUAGUGGCUAUCAGAGGCAGGCAUCCUGUUACGGGGGAACUUAAAACAUGGGCUGUCAAUUCUUGCCUCACUUUGCUGAACACUUGCAACGGCCUUGAAGUACUGACCUGCGAAGGCAUUGGCAAUAAGCGCGACGGAUACCAUCCGAUACAGAAACGUUUGGCUCAACUGAAUGGCACGCAGUGUGGCUUCUGUACUCCGGGAUUCGUGAUGAAUAUGUACUCUUUGUUGGAGUCCAAAAGUGGCGAGCCCACAAUGGAUGAAAUUGAGAAUUCGUUUGGAGGGAACAUUUGUCGUUGCACGGGCUACAGACCAAUAUUGGAUGCAAUGAAAUCGUUUGCGUGCGAUAGCACGAUUAGCCUGUCGGAAGAAUGCCAGGAUAUCGAAGAUAUAGUAACAAAACAAUGCCCUAAAAGCAAUCAAACAUGCAAUGGUCAAUGUGCCAAUGCGUCGAAAACUCAGCUCUCACUCAGCUAUUACGACGGAUGCCAAUGGUAUUGGCCCAAAAAACUGGAGGAACUAAUUGAUAUACUAUCUAAGAUCGAUUCGGCCGUUGAGUAUAUGCUUGUCGCGGGUAAUACGGCCCACGGUGUGUAUCGCAGAUCUCAGUCUCUGCAACACUUUAUUGCCAUCAAUGAGAUUGCGGAUUUGAAGAAAUGGCAGAUGACAAAUGACAUUGUAACAUUGGGCGCCAACAUCAGCCUCAGCGAAGCCAUGGAAAUCUUCAAGGAAGUCUCAAAGCAAACGGGAUUCGAAUACUGCCAACAACUUUGGGAGCAUUUCGAUUUAAUUGCAAAUGUGCCUGUUCGGAAUAGUGGAACGUUGGCGGGAAACAUCGCCAUUAAGAGAAUGCAUCACGAAUUUCCUUCGGACAUUUUCAUAACCUUUAACGCAUUAAAUGCCCAGGUAAAGGUGACCGGUCCCGACGGCAAGGUGGAAACGAUGUCACUCUACAAUUAUGUUUACGUACAUAAGACGCCGAAGACCUUUGUGACCAGCUUCGAAUUGCCAGCGUAUCCAACUGAAAGAUUUAUUUUCAAAUCUUAUAAGAUAAUGCCACGUGCCCAGAACGCUCACGCGUAUGUGAAUGCUGCAUUUCUCUUAGAAUUGGAACCGAAAACAAGUCAGGUUAUAAAUUCGCGCAUAUGUUUCGGUGGCAUUAGUCCAAAUUUCGUCCACGCCUCAGCCGUUGAAGGUAUCCUCAGGGGACAGUGUUUCCACGACAAACGGGUGGUCGAACAAAUAUUUUCCGAAAUGCAGACAAGCGUACAGCCAAACGAAAAUUUAACAGAAGCAUCGCCGGACUAUCGCCGUAAACUGGCUUGUGGUCUAAUGCUUAAGUUCCUUUUGGAAGCUGGCCCCGAAGAUAAGGUAAAGCCGGAGUUCAGAAGUGGGGGGCCCUUGUUGAAGAGGGAACUAUCCUCAGGAAUUCAAAUAUUUGCUACCAACGAAAAAUUUUACCCAGUCACCAAAGCCGUUAAGAAAAUAGAAGGUUUAAUACAGUGUUCCGGCGAAGCCACGUACAUGAACGACAUCCUUACGUCCAAGAGCACCGUUUAUUGUGCCUUUGUCGGUGCCACCAAAGUGGGCUGCAGCAUUGAACGCAUUGAUGCCUCCGACGCUUUGAAAGUCCCCGGAGUAAUUGCCUUUUAUUCGGCAAAGGAUAUACCGGGAAUAAAUUCAUUUGUCGAUCCCGCCUUCCGCUACGAGUCAGAAGAAAUUUUUUGCUCCGAUGUGGUGAAAUACUACGACCAGCCAUUGGGAAUGGUUGUUGCCCUGAGCUCGGAUAUUGCCAAUCAUUCCUCCACCAAAGUUAAGGUUCUCUAUUCGAAGAGUACGAAUGCCAUAAUGCCAACUCUUCAUGAUGUCCUCUCCAAUAACCGCCUAGAGCGAAUCCAUUGCCUGCGACCUUCGCCGUUGAAGGAGAUCAGAUUGACGGCCACAGCAGAUAUCACGACAAGGGGUAUAUUUGAGAUGGGGUUGCAAUACCACUUUACAAUGGAGCCGCACACUUGCGUUGCAGUGCCAUUCGAACGAGGCCUGCAGGUGUGGUCCGCAACCCACUGGAUGGACCAUACUCAGGCUGCCAUCGCAAAAAUGCUUGGCAUCACAGCGGCAGAAGUGCAAUUGAAAGUGCGACGCCUGGGUGGCACAUUUGGUUGCAAAAUAACUCGAGGCAAUGCAGUGGCAUGUGCUGCGUCCCUGGCCGCCUUCAAACUCAACCGCCCGGCGCGUUUUGUACAAACCAUUGAAUCGAUGAUGAAUUGCAAUGGGAAGCGCUGGGGUUGCCGUUCAGAUUACGAGUUCCACAUAAAGGCCGAUGGCAAAAUUGUGGGCUUAAGGAAUACCUUCUAUGAGGAUGCAGGUUGUACCCUUAACGAAAAUCCGAUCACUUUGUUCGCCUCUCCUCCGGCCAGAAACUGUUAUGCAUUUACCGCAGACAACUACAAACUGGAGGGCAAUGCUGUGCUCACAGAUGCCGCCAGUUCGGCCUGGUGUCGAGCUCCGGCUUCGCUUGAAGGUAUAGCCAUGAUAGAGAAUAUUUUGGAUCACAUUGCUUUCGAGGCCAACAUAGAUCCCGCCGAUGCCCGUAUGAUCAACAUUGCAGAAGGCAACAAGAUGAGAGAGUUGUUGCCGAAAUUCCUAUCGUCCACCGAAUACAGGCAAAGGCGCAAGGAAAUUGAUGAUUUCAAUUCAGGCAGUCGUUGGCUGAAACGAGGAAUUGGCAUGGCCAUUAUGGACUUUCCUUUGGAAUACACUGGCCAGUAUAGUGCCACAGUGUCUAUUUAUCACAUCGACGGUUCGGUGGUUAUAUCUCAUGGCGGCAUAGAGAUGGGACAAGGUUUAAAUACAAAAGUGGCCCAGGUGGCCGCCUAUGUCUUGGGUGUAUCGAUGGAUUUGAUAAAAAUAGAAUCAAGUGAUACCAUUAACGGAGCCAAUUCAGCUGUCACCGCGUCCUCGGUGGGCAGUGAAAGUCUAUGCUUUGCAGUCCGCAGUGCCUGUAACAAACUCAAUGAUCGUCUCAAGCCCGUAAAAGACUCCUUCAAAUCAGAUGCGACAUGGUUGGAAGUUGUUGGUGCUGCAUGGAGUCGUUCCAUUAAUUUGAUAGUUAGUGACCACUACAAAAGUGGCGACAUGACCAAUUACCACAUCUACGGCCUGGCCCUCACCGAAGUACAAGUGGACAUUUUGACGGGCAACAAUGUGGUGAAACGGGUUGAUAUUCUCGAGGACACCGGCGAAAGUCUGAGUCCAUACGUGGACAUAGGACAGAUUGAAGGUGCCUUUGUAAUGGGGUUGGGUUACUGGCUAACCGAACAGUUGAUUUACAAUCGCCAAACAGGCCAACUUUUAACCAACCGAUCUUGGAAUUAUAAGCCACCUGGAGCCAAGGAUAUUCCCAUCGACUUUCGCGUAGAGAUGUUGAAGGGGUCAGCAAAUACGGGUGGAUUUAUGCGUUCCAAAGCCACAGGAGAACCGCCAAGUUGUCUGGCGGUAAGUGUUAUUUUUGCCCUGCAGCACGCUCUGCAGUCAGCGCGUAAAGACGCUGGCCUUAAGAAGGAAUGGUUACGUCUGGGAGCACCCACUACACCAGAACAAAUCGUUCUGAGUGCUGGUCACGAGGUGUCAUCGUUUUCAUUGGAAUAGAACUUGACUGGCGAAUGGAAGGUGGACGGUCUAUCAGUACGUCAAAUGUAAAACACUAACAAAGUUGUUAAUAAACACAUUUUAAUCCCAAUGAUCGGGAGGAAACAAAAAACCAAUUGAAAAUUAAACUCACUAAGCUGUUAUCGGUCAGAACCGAAAAACUCUGAAUAUUUUUCAGAUACAGUCUUCUGAGCAGAUAUAUAACAAAUUCUUGAUAUAAAACGAAUUAUUUUUCGGGGGUGUUUUCUACCCUUUAAGACAUUUAAAUACUUCCUCCUCCAGAUUAGAGUAGUCAUGUAUAGAAGUGCUUGGAACCGUCCAUGGCCCUAAGGGCUAGGUAACUGUGUUAAUGGAAUAUAAAUAAAAAAAUAUGUAAAUAAAUAGAAAAUUUGUUUAAGUCCGGUGCAGACACAUGAGACCGGUUUUGACCGAUAUUGCAAAUAUUCGCAGGACCCAUUAAUAUCUAUCGAAAAAUCAAAAUGUCAAAUUCCGGUUGGCGAUAAGGAGUGAAACCUUUAAAAUAUCGAAUAUCAGAAGAAUCCGCUAGGUGGAAGCUAAUCGUGGACCUUCAUUAAAAAGUAUUUUUUGCAUGAAAAUGUAACUUAUUCGAUUGGAAAUUGUUAAAGAUGUAAAUCGGAAGGUAUGCCAUACAUGAUGAGAAUAAUAUCAAUGACAAGAAGCUCUAAUGUGAGCACACCAUGAAAACAUGAAUGGAAAUCUGAUAGUCGACUUUGAGUUCAUGGUGUCAAACACCACGAAAACAGUUCUGAAUUCUUUACGAAUGGGGCUCACAAUGGUUGACACAAGUCCACAUUUUUGGGUAGCCACUUUAUUUGGGGAAAAACAACUUCUAUUCUCGAUUUGUCCUACAUUUGCUAACGGUUUGUAUAUUUUUCGCCUCUCUUUGAGAGAGACCAUAAAAUCAUAAAACUGAUUGCUAUUUUGCUUUUAUUAUCUGAGACCAGAGACCUACCACACUUCCACUGUAGUUUUUAUUAUUAUACAUGUUUUUAUUUACGACGUUAUUUUUUUCAAAUUUAAAUUAAAUAUGGGAGAUACGUAUGUAAUACAGUUGCUUCGAGUGUGCAAAAAAGUAUAUAUUGUGUAUAAUGUAGCGGCAUUGUUAAUUAACUGGAAGAUAGCAGUGCCCGGAAUGCUCGACAAGUGUCGUGUUCAAAAUAAACAUUUUACACUCCCAUCGCCAUGACAUUGACAUUCAUUCAAGUGCUGCCCACUCACGCUAUCUUCAUUCUUCUCCUGAGCAUACUUGGGACUACUCUCUUGAACGGCGAUUGUUUUGUUUAGAAUUGAAAUAUAAAGCGUAGUACUGAAAACAGCAACAACAACAAAAUGUGAUGAAAGUCAUUAACAACUAAUGUUCGACCGACAAAUGAUGCCAGAUGUCGUGAUUGGUGAAUGGAUUGUAGGUACCUAGACUCCCAUUGGAAAAGCACCAACGUUGGAGACAAAUAAAGGUAUGGACUAAAAAUGUUAACGUUUACCCCACCCGACAGAGGCACUGAGCACUGAUGAGCACUGGGACGGUAAAGUCACUCGACUUCUACUAUUCAAGUUGUAAAUUCUUAUAUUUCACAAAAUAUUUGGAUAAUAUAAAUGUAAACAAAUGGCUUGUAAAUAAUAAUUGCUCUGUUCCAGAACAUGCAAAAAUCUACCAGUUUUGCCAUUUUUUCCUUCGUUAUUAUGAAGGGAAAAUCGGUUAUCGUAGUAAAAACUUUCACAUUCUUGCAGUUCUGGAACAGACGAAAUAAAUCAUAAAAACACUCGCUACUUUUUUUGAGAGGGAAAUGAGUGAAUAUAUUUAAGCCCUCCCACAUCAUGCACGACAUCUAUUGAAUCACUUUUUUCAAAGAUAACAGAUGAGACAACUUUUUAGUCUGUACAAUGGUAGAAGAAAACAGGUAGUCGCAACCAAUUUUGGAAUUGCAAUUUAUGAAUGAGAAUUACUCAAAUUUGUAAAAUUGUUAAAAAAAUGCAUAUCAUAAUAACCUCCGAUGGGUGUCAUAUAGGAAAACAUAUAAAAUUUUAAAAAUUUCGGAAAAAAACUUUAACAUUUUUUAACAUAUCAAUAUUCCCAAGCGUUGAUGCAUCUACCUGUAUUCUUCUAUCAUGGUCUGUACCUUUAUUUGUCUAUGAUAUUAUUAUCUUAUUGCACUGCAUAAAGUGACAUCUUAAUUUUAGUUCAAAAAAUUAAUAAACAAAAAUAAUCUGUUAUUAAUUUCCUCAAAUGAAUCGGAGGUAUUUCUGCAAACAGAGUCUGAAUCGAAAAUGGAUAACCAAAGGGUAGCCAGUUCAUUACCAUAUUACCAAUAUAAAAUUUGGCAACAUAAAUUCAGUAAAUUAUGCAUGGUCUAGCCUGUUGCUCAUUGGACAGUUCAUAUUGAAAUGAAACUUAUAUUAACGAAAAACGAUUUAUUUGUCCGACAACGUCAUUUUUUUCUAUCGAAUGUAAUAAAUGACCAUAGACGUGGGCAUUCUUAUUGUAUAUUUAUUUCUAUUAUCGUAUCUUCGAUGAUUUAGUCGAUACCAAGGAUAAGUAUCUGUAAGAACAGUACCUUAUCAAUCAACCAAAUACAUGAACUUAUUUAAGGCGCGGUUCGCAUUGAUACGAAUCUUCCCCGUUUGACAAUUCCGAUCUGGUAACAUGAGAAUAGUUUGACUAGUUGAUAGUGAAUUCUAAGAGAUAUUUACAAACCUACAUUAUUCGUGUUUUGUUUAAUUUUUUUUUAACAUUAGAGCGUGUCAGAUGAAUGUGAUAUUGCUACAUAUUAUGUAACGAAGCCCAAUGAAGACUACUUAUUCUGUUGUUGAUCUUAGAGUUUUUCGGCCGUUUUUCCUAAUUUUCCAAAUUAUGUUUUGUGGUUACUUGGCGACUGGUGGGAGGAGUAUAAAUAAUCUUUGUUGCCCAUUAGUUUGUUAUCGCUCUGCAAAAUGUCUUAAUCUAACUAAGGGCUGUCAUCAACGGACUGAUAUCAAAUGCAAAUCAGUUUAACGGCUUUCUAACUCAUCAAUGCUCUGGCUAUAUAAAAAAAAAUCGAAUACGUAGUUCCAUGACGACCUCAAAAUGUUUCCCCCCAAAAAAAACCGGUCUAAUGUUGACAAACUAAUCGUUCGGAGAUAGAACGUUGUUAUCUUGUUUGAUAUACCAUUAAUGAAUAAAUAAUCAAAACGGCAUUUGAUCGUUUCGGCAGCGAUAGGCCAACGGCAAUUCGCCGUUCUCUUCCAGAACGAAACCAUUCAUUUCACCUAAUCAGGAAGUCAUUCCCACAUCGUAGCGGUCAGUCGUUACGGAUCGCAGCUACGGAAAAGUACCCACUUUUAGUUAUCGCAAGUGUUACAUAACAGUAAACUAUAACAUAAUAUUGUGAAAUUGCCGAGCGUUUUUUUUUUUUUUUUUU